AUGAGCCAACCUCCCGCUCACCAUCAAGAGGCCUCACCAGCAGCGAACGACAACUUGACCUCACACCCCACCGCUCGCCCGCAACCCUCCAGGAACAGCUCCUUGGAGGCACGACAAGGGUCCCGCCGAUUAACACCCAUUACUACCAACAGUGCUAGCCAAAGCAGAUCCGACAGUCUCGCCUACAGCCCGUCGCGCGGAGCAUUCUCGACCACACACGCCGCUUCACUUGCGUCCAGCCGACGAGUCACGAGCCGACCCUCUUCGACUUCAUCCAACAACUCCUUGUUCUCACCGACCGGUUCCGCGCACGCGACCGGUCAUAUAUACCCCAUUGCAGGACGGCCGCGCCACGUCGCCGCUUCAGAUAGUCCUCGUCUCGCCUCGUCGCUUGCGAGCUUGUCAUCGAGCGGUGGAGGCGCCGGCGGAGGGUCUUCAUCUCGACUCGCACGGCGCUCGCCAUCACUCUCGCUGUCGAACAGCACCGGGUCCCCGGUUUCAUCGACCGCAGGCUCUUCCGGCCAGCUCGGCAGUCUCGUCAUCUCUCAAUUAAACAUUCUUCUGAGCACUCUGAAGGACGACUCGGAUCAAGUGAAGUGGGAGACACAGGUGGGAAAGAUCAGAAAACUGGUAGAUGAGGGCGGGAUGGAGCACUUCACAACAUAUUUCAGGCGCCUGCUGCAGGCAAACGCUCCGCAGAUCUUUCCAGGCACGCGUGCGCCGCCAGGUACGGAAAAUGCAGGAAGCUACCAAUUGCUGGUAGAGGAGGUGCAGAAACUUGCAAAGGAACCACAGCAAUCAGGAAAGAUCGCGCAGGCGCUAGACACGACCGAAGGAGACCUGUUCCGGGACUUUGAUUUGGUCACGUUUCUCGACCACUUUCGACUCGACCCAGCUGCCAACAUCGCCCUUGUGCUUGCGUGCAGAACAGCUCAGAAGCAGGAUCUCCGUGCCAAAGCUGAUAUGCUUCUGGCUGAGAGCUAUCAGUCACUUCCCAGCAGGAUAGCCAACUUGUCACACAAUGACCCCGAGAGCGAUCUUCCUGCAUCUGUACUGGCUUCGAUCGUCGAACGCCUGAUGUUGGACCCACCACGCAACUGGGGCGACGAACAGCGCGACAGUCUAUUCUACGCCAUCAAACUUCGAUUUAACAAUCUGAGAAUGCGUGCUCCAGCCAUAGUGGAAUUGGCGAUGUUCUUGGACGAGUUACUCAACUCACAGGACUCACGGCUUGCCAACCUGGUGAGACGUACUGGGCCUCAGGGGACUUCCAGCUUACAAGCCUGCACGGAAAUGCUAGCGGGCGUAGAGGUUCGCGAUAUAUCAUACAUCCAGGUUGCAAACGCACUCCUCUUCAUGGUGAUCGUCUCGACCGGCGAGCAUUUCGACCCCAGCGUCUUCGUUGAUGCACUCCGGCAGCAUCGAGCCGGAGCAAAGAUCGACUGGACGGACGUAGUUACAGGCUUCGACAGGGAGAAUCCAAAGGCUCUAAAGAAGCAGUUUCUCGGACUAUACAAUGCCUUGCUUCCCCUGGCUCGGGAAUAUGCCAACUUUGAUAUCCAAGCCUUGUGGGGAGGUCAGUGGACGUAUCAGGAGACUCAACUCAGCUACGUCGUUGCCUUCUUGACGACUACGCCAGAGGAGCUGGACGUCAUGCAAAUCCCAAAUUUGAGGCAGUCUUUUGAACUGUCAGACUUCGCCCAAGCCUCGGACAGUGUACGCGCAUAUGCGGAACAAGCUGUCAAGCAUCCUCUGGUAUCUCGAGAUGCAACCGAGGCCCUCUUCACUUUGAUCUUCAAGUCGCAAGAAUGGUAUCAAACCGCUCAGCGUUACGGUAUUCCCGAAGAUGUCAUUAACCCAAACAUGACGAUAUUCACAUGCGCAGCUUCGGCGGUCCCAAAACCGUGGCAACCCUUGCAGGACCAAGCGCUCAAACAGCUCUUCUUUCCGUUCCUUCUGAAACGUCACGAUAACUACGAGUUCGUGAUGCAUUCCGUGUGGCAACACGAUAAGUCAUGGACGGCCACUCGCUUGGUCGAGUUUCAUCAAUCAGACCCGAUGUUGAUGCCAUUGAUUUUGGAACAUGCAUUGGCACAUGGCUGGCUGGAACUACUGCUCACUAUUCAAAGCAUGUUCGCCUUGGAUCUUGCCGCCCACGCACACGGCAGAGGCCACUGUAACCUGGACGAGUGGGCGCAACAGCACAUCAACAUGAUGGGUCCAGCAGCUUUCGCCAGAUUGUUGGGGGACUUCUUGAAGUCGAAGAUCGACGAUGAAGCACUAGUACAACGGGAGCACUCCAAUCCAAGCACCGUUCCGCUUACAGUCAACAGCGUGCGAGCGCUGCUCUUGCUCAUUAUGCGCCUGGUCGGCGAAGAGAUGACAGGUCCUUUCUACCGGCAGUGCCUGGCAAUCUAUCCACGACUCUUCAAUUACGGCCAGAGCGAAAACAUUGAUGCUGUCAUUGAUGCCAACGGCGAGCACGGCAACGUACUCCCAGAGAGCGCGACCAAGGAGAUGGAGGAGCGGUACAAGGAAAUGUACGGCGGUACAAGCAACCCAGAAGCUCUAAUCACAGAACUCAACCGUCUGAAGGAGUCCGAUGAUCCCGCAGAGCAGGACCUCUUUGCUGCCAUGCUGUAUGGGCUGUUCGAGGAGUACAACUGUUUCGGAGAGUACCCAAAUGAGGCACUUGCAACAACCGCUGUCCUUUUUGGUGGACUCGUCAGCUACCGGGUUCUCUCUGACAUUGCCGAACAGGCUGCUCUUUCCAUGAUAUUCGAUGCUGUGUCGGAGUACGGCCCAGAGGAUCCGAUGUACAGAUUCGGCCUUCAGGCCUUGCUUCAUGUCCUCAACCGGCUAAAGGAGUGGCCACACCUCGCCGAGCGGAUCUUACACACCCCAUCAUUGGUUGAUACCCAAGCCGAAAAGGAAGCGGAGAAGGCUUUGAACGAGUUGCAACAGGAGCACGUCGCUAUGAAUGGUGAGACCACAAAUGGUAUUGCCAAUGGCAUUGCCGACGAAGAAUUUGCAGCGGAUGCCACGCCCACCUUUACGGCCAUCCAGAUUGAUCCACCAACUGUUGAACAUUUCUUUGAAGAGCCCAACGAAGAUAUCUCUGACAAAGUCACGUUCGUCCUGAACAACGUCUCAAAGAGAAAUUUCGAUGAAAAAUUCAAAGAGAUCGACGAGGCGCUUGACGAGAAGUACAGCCAAUGGUUUGCGCAUUACUUGGUGGACGAGCUCGCCAAGUCGCAGCCAAACUUCCAAUCGCUCUACCUAAAUGUCCUUGAGAAAUUUGACAAGAAGAUCAUCUGGGCUGAGGUGCUACGGGAAACGUACAUCAGUUGUCGAAAGAUGUUGAACGCUCAAACCACCAUGGAAAACCAGCAUGAGCGAACGCUCCUCAAGAAUCUUGCGACUUGGCUUGGAUCUAUCACUCUCGGUCGGAACCAGCCCAUCCUUCACCGAAAUCUUUCGUUUAGAGAUCUUUUGAUCGAAGGCUACGACACCCAGCGACUGCUCGUCGUCAUACCCUUCACAUGCAAGGUCUUGGUUUCGGCCAAGAAUUCUCAAGUGUUCCGCCCUCCGAAUCCCUGGAUCAUGGAGCUUUUAGGAGUGCUCAGCGAGCUGUAUCACUGCAUGGAGCUCAAGCUGAACAUGAAAUUCGAGAUCGAGGUGCUUGGUCGGGAGCUUGACAUUGACAUUCACGAUGUCCCAACGCUUGACGCCAUCCGCUCGAGGCCUCUGCUGGAUCAAGGCAUACUUCAAAACUACGUACCCGAAGCCGGACCUGACGCUUUCGGAGACGUGGCGCUCAUGGGCCUUGCCAAGCGUGGUCCAAAUGAGCGUUUCUCACCCGACGCCGUAAUUCAGGCCGUGCCAGAUCUCGGAAAUCUUCUCCAGAUUCCGCAAGCGGCUGGCAAUAUCACGCAGCAGCAGCUACGGAACAUUUUUGUUUCCGCUGCCCAGCAAGCCAUUUACGAGAUCAUCGCUCCUGUCGUCGAGCGCUCUGUCACGAUAGCGUCCAUCUCGACCGCGGAGCUGGUUCAGAAGGACUUUGCUACAGAAGGCGACGAGGAAAAGCUUCAGACCUCUGCCCACACCGUCGUCAAGGCUCUUUCGGGAAGUCUGGCCUUGGUCACCUGCAAGGAACCGCUGCGUAUGAGCAUCACAAACAAUAUCCGUAUCCUUGCCUCAAGGAGCCUACCCGAGCAACUUCCGGAAGGUCAAAUCUUGAUGUUUGUCAAUGACAACAUAGACACCGUGUGCAACCUUGUCGAACGAGCUGCUGAGGAUCACUCCUUGGCGGAGAUUGACUUGCAACUUCAGCAAGCUUUGGACGCUCGCCGCCAACGCAGUGAGCAGCGACCAAACGAGCCUUUCGCUGCUCAUGUUCCAGUCAAUCGCUGGGCAACUCUGAUUCCGGAACCUUACCGCCAGGAUCAAAAUGGCUUGAACCGACAACAGCUUGCCCUCUACGAGGACUUCGGACGUCAGGCGCGCAUCACGCCUGCUGUACACGCAAACAACGUAUCCCAAGACAGCAAUCGACAAUUACCGGAUGUGUUGUCGGAGGGCUAUUUGCCAAACUUGCCCACCCCAGCAGAAGCUCCAGCAAUGCCACGUCCCACUCAACAGCGGCCCCAAGCUAUGCAGGCGUUGCAGAAUCAGCACCAGGUCAAUGGCUACAUGGAGAAUUCGAACAUCAAUCAGAGGAUCCUUGAGCUCCUGGCAGAACUCUCAGCGACUUCACGAGAUGCAGCGGAAGAGCACGCUAGCGAGGUCGGUGAAGGAUCUCCUAUCCGCCGCGCCUAUGGCACCCUGAUCGGCUUGAUCGAAAGUCAUCCGCAGCAAGACAGCCUCUCCGUUAACUGCGGUACCCACUGUCUGAGCAUCAUAUAUGGUGGCGAGGCCCUGAAGCGACUAGAAGUCGAGGUCUUCGCUCGCCUGCUUGGUCAACUUUGCCGCAUCUCUGUUGCGGCAGCUCGACAUGUGACAGCCCAGCUCAGCGUAGUCGAAGAUGAUCGCAUCUUCAACGCUGUGGCUGCGGUUUCUCUAUACUACGAACGUCUUCUCGAGAUACAGCAGAUUGACGUCCAAGUCUCGAAGGCAAUUCGCGCAGGUCGGGUAGCUGUUGCACUGCCAUUCUUGAGAGACGUCGUAGACGAGCUACUCCUCAGUGACGAGCCUGUCUUCCGCACCGACUUCGUGCUUAGCUAUGAAGCUCUUGCGACCCGCAUGCAUCAAGAGCCGGACACCGAGCUGGGCGGUGAGAUUAUGGCCAAGCUCCAACUUCCUGCCCAUCAAGUCAACGGUAUACCAAGUCCGGAAUUGGAUGGCGCAAAGACGGAGCAGCAAGAAUACGUUUUCGAAGAAUGGCUCAGAUUGCAGCACAAGGAUCUCCCUCUUCGUGCACAUCUUGCUUUCCUCCGGCAGCUCCAUGAUCGGCACGUCAUCUCGUCCCCACUGGAUCUCAUGCAAUUCAUCCGAUCAGCGCUUGAGUUGUCUGUCGUGGAGUUCGAGCGGGCCAGCAGCAUCCCGUAUGGCACGCAGGACCAGUUUUUCAUAGCCAUCGACGCUCUUGCUAAGCUUCUCGCGCUGAUGGUUCUGUAUCAGAGCGCCGUUGACGGUGACGCCCAGGUCGACAAGGGCAAGCCAUUAGAGGCCACCUUGACUAUAGUGCUCCUUAUCAUGAAUGACCAACAGGCCAAGCAUGGCGACCGCUGGAAUAGCAGGGUCUAUUUCCGGCUCUUCUCGACCCUGCUCUGCGAAAUCCACGAUCAUCGCCAUCAGCUCACUCCCGAGCAGGAGCGCAGCAUCUACGAGAAGUUUUACAUUGCGAUGCAAGCCUUACAGCCGAGGAACUUCCCAGGCUUCGUUCAUGCCUGGCUGGCCCUUAUGGGUCACCGUCUAUUUGUUCCUGCAUACCUUGGCGCACAUGGCCGGACCAACGGUGGCUGGAACAUGUUCGCUCAUCUGCUGACAAUCUUGUUCGAGAACUUGGGCCGGCUGUUGAACGAGACCGACGCUUCACCUGCCUCUCAGGACUUUCAUCGCGGCGUUCUACGCUUCAUUGCGGUCCUGCACCAUGACUUCCCGGAAUUCCUGAUCGAGAACCACAUGCAGCUUGACGCGAACAUCCCGCCCCAGUGCUUGCAGCUGCUCAACAUUGUCAAUAGUGCUGUCAGUCGUGGUGUAUUCAACGACCAGCCUGACCCGUUCACACCCGGACUCAAGAUCAAUAGACUGGAGCAAGUACGGCAGGCUCCAGCGGUCCACUGCGAUAUGAGCAAUGUAUUAGACGUGGCAGAGAUCAAAGCAGCGGUUGAUCGGGUAUGCACUAGUGGAAACGACCUGAGCGAGCAAGACUUCGCGGCAAUUUUGACUGCGUUGACUGUAGAGGCGAACAGCGCUUGUUCUCUCACUUCCAACGCUGUUGUCCUCUACAUCGGGGUGCACGCGACAUCUGCAUCCUCAGUCUUCUCAUCGGCGGCUGCACCUGCUCGUCUCUUCGAGCGUCUCUUGCGCGAUGGUGGGUCAAAGAUACGUUACCGACUUCUCUCCGCUAUGGCCAACCAGGUCCGCUAUGUCAACGCGCACACGCACUACUUCUCGACCGCGCUGCAGCACAUGUUCAGCAUCGGAAGUCAGGAACUGCAGGAACAGAUCAUGCGUGUGCUAUGUGAGCGGCUGAUGGUUCCUCGGCCGCAUCCAUGGGGAUUGAUUGUCAUGAUGCUGGAGAUGGUGAAGAGCCCGGUGUACGAUGUCUGGAGCUUGGCGUGGGUGAAGGCCGCCCCGCAGGUGGAGUCAAUGCUUGUCAAUCUCGCGCACUCGCAGGAUCCACGAAUGUCGAGGAGUCCAAUGAGCGGCAUCAUGGGCUGA